GCGCACUUCCUGCAGCCAAUCACAGUUCUGCUUUAACCAGUUUAAUAAAGUUCCUUUUUUCCCCCGCAGUUUCAAUUUAUGUUCCGAGGAAACGGGCGUCUUGUUCUCGGUGCUAAGUAUGUGUGUGAACAAACCAGCUCUGCCUAUGUGGAACACACAUCGGCUUAAAGUUAGAGAGACGAGCAGAAAGAGUCUCUUGUAAGAAAAGAAGAUGUAUCUAUGGCGCUUCUCUAUCGCCGUAACCCUCGGUUUGAUGUGGUAUUUUUCAGACUGUGGUCGCACAGUGACACAGUACUUUUUAUGUUUCGUCUUUUAUUUUUCUACUCCACUGUUAUUCGGAAACAGUGGACGAGAGAGCAGCACUCAAACUGAUGAAGAAACGAAGGAAAACCCACUCCAGGAAACUGUUGACCAAGAGUUGUUGGGUGACUUGACAGAUGGAGGAGACAGCAAACAGGCUGAACCACUGGACUCUCAGUAUCAACAUGUAAAGAUGUCUCUACAGCAAGUGUUUGAGUGCGCCUACGCCCAGCUGGUCCUGCCUUGGUACGGCCUUCCUGAGCCACGCAAGAACCAGCCUCUGUACCAGGUGCUCAGCAGAGAGUUUGACUUCGUAAUCAACCGGAUUAUUGGGAGAGCCAAAGACUUUGAUGUUUCCCAGGCCAUCGUGGGCUCCGUUCGUAUUUUGACCCAGCAUUUGCAUAAUGCGAAGCAGUCUGACAGAGAGCUCUUGUUCAGCUCCAGAGCAGAGGAGAUCGCAGUUCUCCGAGAGUUUUCUGAUGCUCUAGUACGUAACCUUUUACCCAAAUCUCUCUGUGACCUAGAAGUCAAUCGCUGUACCUUAAAUGAGGUUGUUGCCUUAAAGGGGUUGGGCCUGUUGGUGAAAUGGCUGUCGGACCCCGACAACCUGAACCAGUUGGUGGUGAGCCAGCUGGACAGCGUGACCCCCAAAGGCUCUGUGGAGGAUCUGUGUGGAUCAGACCCGGAUCAAACCUCUCUGGCUUCACAGGAGGGCGAGGGCAAGGGCAGUGAAGUGAGCUUGGAGGGAGCAGGGAUUUCAACCAGCACCAGGAUCAAGGCCAAAAGCAAAGCUAACAAGUUAAAAGAAGGAUGGUCUAAAUUUGUGGACAAGAUGAAGUCUAAGAAGGCCACGAAGAAGAUGAAAAACAUGGAGCAGGAUCUGAUGCGGAGGAUGACGUUGAUCCAGGGAGACGUGUCCAACGAGGACGAUGUCCGCAGCAGUGAGGGCUCCGUUAACAGCCAGCAGGACUCUGACAGGGAGGACGAUGAUCUGGAGAACUACUUGACAAGCGUCCAAGAGGACAUGAUGGAAUUCAAGCUGUCGUAUGAGAUGUGGCGCGUUGGCUGCUGGGCUGUCAGCAUCCCUCAUGCCGACUGGGAUGAUGAGGAGCUAAUCUUCACCGUUCACCUGGAGGAGAAGGGCAGCCCUGAGAACCUACAGUGGGACAUCAGGAAGACCUACAUGGAUGUUAUAUACUUCCGUAACACAUGGCAGGACUCGACCAACCUGCCCACGAUCCUGGUGCUGGAGGAGUCUGAGGUCAACGAUGAGUUUGAAGAAGAAGCCAGAGUAUCAGUGGAGCAUUUCCUGCAGGAGUUGGUUUCUGAUAAUCUGAUUGGCCACACUCAACCGGUUUUCCAGUUCCUCUGCCCACUUGACAAACUGCUGAAUGAGGAGGAACAUUAUGAAGGCGUGUGGGGCCUUCUGAGCGGCUUGGCUUACUUCUUGACUCCAGGUCAGGGAAAAAGAAGAAUUUUUUUUUUUUUUUUUUGGUGGUAA